GUAACUAAGUAUUAUCCUUUUUUAUAUACACAAAAUUGAGGAUCGAAACCCUAAUCAAAUACUUGGGCAUAUCAUUAUUUACCAACCAUACUACAUAAUUCUAGUCAUAAAAGUACAUAUUUGUAGGCAUCUUUAAAGAACUCUAUAAAAUAACACACUCAUGUCUCUUAUCUUCACAACAAUUAGCAUCUAUCUUACUUGGAAUUUUAAACUCAAACCGCUACCUUACAAGUUACAACUGUGCCAGCCCAGAAACACUCCUCAAAAGAAGAGCUUAUAAACAAGUUGAUGGGUGUUAGAACAGUUCGAAAGUCCACAUUAUUGCAACCCCAUGUUCCAAAUACACACAAUGAGCCACCACAUUCAUUAGUAUAAAAUGGUUUCAGUUUGCAAGGGAGGGUCAGCAUCAUCUAGAGCCCCCCAUAUGGCAAUGGCAACCAUAGAGGAGACAAAAAAUGUUGCUAUAAUCUUCGGGGUCACAGGACUUGUUGGGAGAGAAUUAGCUAGGAGGUUGCUUUUGGAACCUUCUUGGAAGGUUUAUGGCAUAGCUAGAAACCCUGAAACACCACCAACCCUUAAAAGUCCUUGCUACCAUUUCAUCUCUUGCAACUUGCUGAACCCUUUGGAGACUCAAAAGAAGCUGUGUGACCUUCAUGAUGUGACUCAUGUGUUUUGGGUCACGUGGGCUAGCCAGUUCCCACUAGAGACACAAGAAAGUUGUGAGCAGAACAAGGCCAUGAUGUCAAAUGCUUUGAAUUCCAUGCUCUCAAUAGCCAAAGGUCUAAAGCAUGUUUCCCUUCAGACAGGGACCAAGCACUAUGUGUCACUGAUGGCACCCUUUGAUGAAGAGAAGCUGAAGCUCCACUAUUGCUACCAUGAAGAUUUCCCCAGGAUGGGAAGAUCCCUUAAUUUCUACUAUGCCUUGGAGGAUUUGCUCAUGGAGAAAUUGAGUGGUAAGGUGUCUUGGUCUGUGCAUAGGCCUGGUUUAUUGUUGGGUAGUUCUGUUAGAUCAUUUUAUAAUUUCAUGGGGAGUUUGUGUGUUUAUGGGGCUAUUUGUAAACAUUUGAGGCUCCCUUUUGUGUUUGGUGGGACAAAGAAGUGUUGGGAGGAGGCUUAUAUUGAUGGAUCAGAUGCUAGGCUUGUGGCUGAUCAGCACAUUUGGGCAGCCACAAAAGGUGACAUAGUUUCCAACAAUGGCCAAGCCUUUAAUUCAAUUAAUGGACCAUGUUUCAUUUGGAAGGAGGUUUGGCCUAUUGUUGGGAAGAAAUUGGGAGUGCAAGUGCCACAGGAUAUCCUUGUGGAGAAUUUUUGGUUCUCAAAAGCCAUGGCUGGGAAGCAUCAAGUUUGGGAGGAGAUUGUAGAGGCAAAUGGUUUGGUUCACACCACUUUGGAAAAUUUGGCCAAUUGGGAGUUUUUAGAUGCAUUGUUCCGUUUCCCUUUGAAACUCUUUGGGAGUAGGGAUAAAGUUGAUGAACUUGGUUUUGCUGCAAGGUACAAUACAUUGAGUUCAAUAUUGUAUUGGAUUGAUUGCAUGAGAGAUGAGAAGCUAAUUCCCUAGAGGUUUCUUGUGGUUUGACUUCAACUUUGAAAUGUUUGGUGACAGAAGUUUAUGGAGCAGGAGCAGCAGAAAAUGGAGUUUUCCCUAGGAAAAUUAGUGGCAGGGUGUGGCUUGCAUGUGCUGGUUGACUAGCCUUUUAUUGCUGCAUAGUGCAUACUUUACUAGUUUAUUUAUAUACAGAUGGAAUCAUCCAAUUUAAUAAUGAAUAAACUUAUUUUCUACAUUACUGUCCCCUGGUGUCACCAAUGUAUGGCUACAGGUGGAGGGGUUAAUUUGUCUUCAUCCAUUAUCAUAGCUGCAUGCUUUUUUGUUCAGAAAACUCCACUAAUCGGUGAGUAUAUAUGUAUAUAUCUAACUAUUACUGUGUCCGGUGGAGUUUUUUGUGAAACGUUUAUAAUCUUUCACUA